AUUUGAGUACGAUCUACGAUACUUAAUAAGUAUUGCUUUUUAUAGAAUUAUUGAUGUGCUGUUGUCUGUCAUUACCGCCAUAAUCUAUAUUUCCCAUUCUAUACCUAGUCUUAUUGACUUUGAUAGAGAAUCGCUCCAAAUCUACUGUAUUCCAUGGGCAACCCAUCACUGGGAGGCUAUCAACAAGACGAAUAAUCUCUAGGGAGACCAAGGUUUCCGUACGACUCUCAAGAGAUGUCGCAACGUAUAACUUCCAUGCUCAGCCCUUCGAGCGAUCACCCGCCAUCAUUUAGUGACGCUGUCCCUUCCUACAAUGACCACACACUCGAUGAACGCUUUGAGCCAUCCUCCUCUCACCCAGUACACCAAGCCAGCUCAGAAACCCCUAAACCACGCCCUCUCAGCUCAAACAACCCUUAUAGGCAAUUAUUGGAACAUUCACCUCCUCUAGAAGCUGCCCCGGGUAUCAGUCUGUCCACACCACCUCAACCCGAAACUCAAGCCAGCCAUCAAACCCCGCCAGCCUCACCUACGCAUCCCAGCGAACGCCAGCAAUCGAGCCUCCCCCCUCAACAGACACCCGCCGAGCUCGAUGCUCUCCAGGCGACGGCUCAAGCCGCCCAAAGAGCCCCUGAAUUCCUCUCACUCGACCGCGACCUCAUCUUCCCGCCGCCUCCCUCUCAAGCUCUCUAUUCCCUGGCAUUUGCACUGUCUCCCAAUGGCAGAUCGAAUACUGUCCGACGCUCCGUCCCCGCCGUUACGCGAGCAGACGGGAGCCAGCGCUCUGAAGUCACCGAUAAAGACCUCUAUACCAUCCGCCGGGAUUCUUUUUUUAAUUCCCGCUUUAUCAUAGAAGGGAAGCGCCGAAGCACCUUCCCAGGGACCUUGAAUCUAAGGUAUCAUGCGAAUAUAAUCAAAGGCCCGUAUUGGGACUGCACGGUGGAGAAGACGGGAGAGUUGCUGAUGAGGGGAAAGGGCGAGGAGUGGAUAGAUGGCCUAGGACGGACCGUUGGCCGCGAGCCCGAAGGGGUCUGCUUGGGGAGGAAGAAGAGAAAGGUAAUGGAGAAAGAGCAUGAACAGAGGACUCAAGGCCAAAACGUGGCGUGGAAACCACCUGUUUUGGAGCUGGUGGGGGAGGGGAAGAAUGCAGGCGGUGAUGAUAGUAGUGAAGAUGCCAAAGCUAGGAUCAGGGACUUACUCGUUACAUGCUGGGUGGCCAAGUGUUGGGAUGCCGAGAGAGUAGCCGCGAUGCCGGAGCAGCUUGCGGCGGAUGGGUCUCGUUGGAAACGAAGGUCUGAAGUUCCCCGAGGAACUAGUUUCUUUUUCUAAUUGGGAGUAUUCUAGCUUUUUUUCACCUCACCCACCGUUGCGCGCCAUACCCAGUCCGAAUGAUCCUAGACAGUAGCUAGUGAACGUUUGCUAGUAAUUUAUUGUUCAAGCUGAA